CGGUUAUUAUAAAAUAAAAUAACAAUAAAAUAAAAAUCUACAUACGGAUCUUUUCCAGUUCGUCGUCCUUAUCGGCUUAUCCAGCUUUCCUCAUCUGAAUAUUCGUCUCAAAUAAUUGCACUCCUUUCUCAAUUGGAAAGAAAUUAACACUUUCUUCUCGAAGCCCAUUCCCUAUUCGGACUUAAUACGCUUCUCCAAACAUCUCCAAACACCAUGGACCGCGAAAUCCAGGUCGACGUCGUUCACAGCCAAACAGCAUUCACCGCUACUGUUACACGCGCUGAUCAUGCUCCUCCUUCAUCCAUGGACUCCUCCUCCCAACUCCUCCACCAACCCAUUCUCCCAAUCUCCUCCACUCCCUCCAACAAGCUUUCCCUCCUCCCCCUAAUCUUCCUUAUCUACUUCGAGGUCUCCGGCGGCCCCUUCGGCGCCGAGCCCGCCGUCCGUGCUGCCGGCCCUUUACUGGCCCUCCUCGGUUUUCUUAUCUUCCCUUUCAUUUGGAGCGUCCCUGAGGCCCUCAUCACCGCCGAGCUCGCCACUGCCAUCCCUGGCAAUGGCGGCUACGUUCUCUGGGCUGACCGUGCCUUUGGCCCCUUCUUCGGCUCCCUCAUGGGCUUCUGGAAGUUCCUCAGCGGCGUCAUCAACAACGCCGCCUACCCCGUUCUCUGCGCCGACUACCUCUCCCGCGUCAUUCAUUCCCUAGCCGCCGGUACUCCUCGCGUAAUCGCCAUUGUUCUCUUCUCUGUCGUUCUUUCGUUCCUCAACUACACUGGCUUGACGAUCGUGGGUUAUACUGCGGUGGCGCUGGGGUUCAUAUCUUUGACCCCGUUCUAUUUGAUGGCUGGGUUUACAAUCCCUAAGGUUCGUCCUCACAGAUGGUUGAAGAUGGGGAAGGAUAUUGAUUGGAGGCUUUACUUUAAUACUUUGUUCUGGAAUCUCAAUUUUUGGGACAAUGCUAGUACACUUGCAGGGGAGGUGGAAAAUCCCCAACGGAUUUUCCCAAAGGCUCUGCUUGCUUCUGGCCUCAUGACUUGCAUUGGGUAUUUGGUGCCAUUGCUGGCCGGAACCGGUGCUCUUGAUGUUCCGCAGGAGGAUUGGUCUGAUGGUUACUUCGCGGAUAUUGCAGGUAUGAUUGCUGGGAGAUGGCUAAAAUUUUGGAUUGAGACCGGGGCCGUGCUAUCAGCGAUCGGACUUUAUGAAGCCCAACUCAGUAGCAGCUCUUUCCAACUCCUGGGAAUGGCAGACCUAAGCAUCCUCCCUCGGAUAUUUGCCUCCCGAGCCAAAUGGUUCCACACUCCGUGGGUUGGCAUCUUAGUUUCCAGUCUCAUCACCCUCGCAAUCUCUUUCAUGAGUUUCACAGAUAUUAUCUCAUCAGCGAAUUUCUUGUACAGUCUUGGUAUGCUUUUAGAGUUUGCUUCAUUCCUUUGGUUGAGGAGAAAGCAUCCUACCCUUAAGAGGCCAUAUCGAGUUCCCGUGGGCCUUCCAGCCCUGGUUUGCAUGUGCUUAAUUCCAUCAGCAUUUUUAAUCUUUGUGAUGAGCAUUGCAACCUGGAAGGUUUAUGUGAUCAGCCUUGGCUUGACAUUAUUAGGGAUUGGAGUGUACUAUUUAAUGCAGCAUUUCAGGUCCAAGGGUUGCUUGGAGUUUACAAGAGGGGAGGACAAGGGUGUGGAGGUGGAAGAAGCAAGUGGAACUCAGAUUUGAAUGUUGCACUGAUUAGCCCUUCUUUAUGUUCACAAAAUUCAGGAUGUAUCAGCUGAUUGUCUCCUUGCUUUAUUGUUAUUUGUGUUUAUUAUAGUUUCAUUACCCAUAAUUUAAAUUCAAAUUUGAAUUUGAAUCUGUACAUAAUUCUUGCUAUGUUUUUACUUUUUACUAAUGCGUUGAUGGGGGUGUGUUUGGAUGGAGGUAAUGUGUCACGCUUGGCGCAACAAGGACCGAGUACAGCACACCAAGGACCAAGAGAACCCGCCAUGACUAAGUGGAAGGGAGGUUCUCUUCUAUACUUAGGGUGUGUUUGUUUGGGUGUAUUUGGUUUUACAUGUAAAACCAAAUACUU